ACACUUGGCAUAGGUUGUCCCUUAGCAUAGACGGGAAAAAAUAAAAGAGUUAAUGCACGUCGGUUGUCCACGCAAUGAACGUAACGUGGUACACGCAACCUUAAAGGUCACGAUGGCAGCGACAGGAAGGCAAUUGUGUCUGAAGACGAACUUUUUUUAGUGGCUGUAUAAUUACGUUUUUAACAACAAUAAUCGGUAAUUCGUGCUAGUUUGAAAGAAUUCAUGUCACGGUGUAAAAUGAUUUAACUUUGAUACCCCGAUAAAGCGCAGUGGUAUGUAAAUUCGGGGUUAACUUGUCCAAACACACUCCAGCAAUGGGAAGCGGUUGCAGAAUCUCUGCUCAACCUGUGGCCAUCUACGUGGUCUUCUGCGGUUGGAUGUCCCUCAGAGUAUUUGGUGCUGCUGUUUUGAAUCAAGAAAAUACCUCAGUUGCCACCGCGGCUGAGGCCAUGCCCUGCUGGCAGGUGGAGGAGUUUGUGGUGUUGGCAGAAUGUGCUCUGUGCAGCGAUUUUCAGACUAAGACCUGGUCUGAGUGCAGCCCAACUGGAUAUGUGGAGAGGGUCAACUGCACCAAGUCUCAGAAGGAUGAGUACAAGAGCUGUCGCUCUGUCGUGACGGAGGAGCACCUCUUCUGGAGAUUUGAGGGCAUCAUGUUGGCCCUGGCUGUCCUUUUUGCGCUGCUGGUGGUGUCACGCCAGAGAGCCCUUGAUCGCUUGGUGUCAGAGAAGGUCCGCAAGCAAAUAGAAUCCAUAUAGAACUGCAAGUUUCCUGGGGAGAGGAAGCAAAGGGGUCUAUGCAACAAGCUCUCAGUGUAACCUCUUUUGAGAUUAGUCAUAUUUUUCGCCUGUUUUUGAGUAUUAAAAUGAAGAAUUGGCCAUCUCAGAAUAACUUUAGCUAUCGAUCUGAUAAUUGGAAAUUAAGCAAAUUACAGCCAAUAUCAAAUUAAUAUUUAAGGAGCCAAUCUACCAUGAUGGCUAGCAAGCUUUUCUAGAUAGCGAUAUAUGGAAUUGAUGGGGGAUAGCCAUUCAUGAGAACUUAAUAUGUAACAUCAAUUUAUAAUUAUAUUGAUGGUAUUGUUAUUAUAACAAUAUAAAUUACUUAAUAGAAUAUGUUUUGAAUAUUUUAACUUAUUCUAUACUCUUACCAGAUGGUGUUACACUGGGUUACCUCAGAAUAUUUCUUCAGAAUCCUUGUCAGUUAUCAAUCAAUAAUGCAUUGUCUGUCACCAUAUUUAUAGAGUGGGUAAUCAAAAUUUGAUUUGUGUCUUAUCUUUGACUCAAAAAUGAGAGUGCUCGAAUAAAAUGCACUAACUAUUGUUUCAUGCAAGGGUCAGGUACAUAUUCAGUUUCAGUGCUUGUGAUUCCUGUAGUAGCUGUGUGCUGCUAUUGAAUGGAAUUGAAACCACUACACACUUAUGGCUUAGAUUUAGUUCAGUAAUCAUAAGACUAUAAUCAUAAACACUUAUGUGUGCUUGCAUUUUGCUAGGAAAUAGAAAGGUGCAAAUGUGUACACCAGUUUCUCAGAAGUAAGAAGGCAUAUGCACACUGUAUGAAAUACGUUGACUGGUGCAAACAACACCUUGAUCUCAAAGAUCUCUGUCAUUAACUCUGUAACUAUCAACUCUGAUAGCCAUUUCUGGACCUUUGCAGGAGGAAUGUUCUUCACGUCAUUGUGCUUUCUUGAGGGUAUUUAAUGAGGUAUUCAGGUUUUUACAUUGCUGUCCAAGGUUUUUACAUUGCUGUACAUGGAGCAGGGAUUGCAUUUGCGAUAAUUUGCUGGUUUUGGGAAGUGGGGCCUUGUUUUGAGAGUGUAAAUAAGCCCGUAAAUGAAAUGGUUGAGCCCUGGAAAGUAGGGCUUUAUAACAAACGGGAUUCUCAGGUUUGUUGUGUGGCCCGUAUGCAGAGAUUGCAUAAUCCCAGUGUCUGUGCUGAUGCUAUGGUGGAACUUGCAAGCAGCCUUGUAGCUAUAUCUUCAUCACCUGGAAGCAUUAGCUGCCUGAGCCACUACUGGUUGAGAAGAUCCUGUUUAGAGGUUAUUUAAUCACCAGAUGCAGCUUGGAUGCAAAAAAACAUUAUUUGGGGCUUUUGGUAUUGUGUAAUAAUUGGAUUUACUGGUCUUCCUUGCAAAUAAUUAUUACACAGCAUAGUACAAUUAUUUUGAAGAACCAGCAUAUUACAAAAUGUGUCAUCUCAGGGAGAUUAACAAUAUGCAGUAUUUUUUCCAUAUGUUCUGAACACCUACCUGUCCAAUAUCUGACAUUCUCACACAGUGCAGUGCAUUGGGAGAAUUCCCUUUCAAAAUGACAGCAAUGUGAAAACCUGAGUUGAAAUUAUCCGCCUUGGUAAUAUAUACACUCAGAAAUGAAGGUACAAAGAGUGCCUAAAAAGGUACAAAUGUUAGUUUCUGGGGUGGUACACUAUAGGUACAUAUAAUUAUACCCCUAGCCAGCAAUAUAUAAUUAAUUUGUAUCUUCUUUGCUUGAAAACAUGCUCAUUUGUACCCAAAGAGAUCAUGACUACUUUCACGGUAUAAAUUUGAUCGUUGAAAAACCAAAAUGUACCUCCACUGUCACUUUAGUUCUGAGCGUUUAUUGUACUUACAGCUCACAGUUCCAUUUGUUUCCUAGUCUGAGUCAUUGGCUGGAGUGUUUACCACUUAAAUCAUAGUCACAAUUAGUGGCUUUCAUAGAGGAGCAGAGCGUGUUCUGUGUUAUUUUGUAUCACCUACACAGUGACUGUACAAUGCCCAGUGUUAAUUCAACUCUGUAUAGGGUUGAUUUAACACUGAUAAUUUUACUCCGUAGUUCACAGGUUCAUUUAUUCCUUUUUUAACAGAUACUCUAGAAGUACUCUCAUGAGUGUUGCGUUCCUAAUACAUUUUUUCUUUUUUUUUUCUUUGGAGAGAUGUACAAAAGCUGGCUCUGGUGUUACAUUUGGCACAUGAAAUUCCAAACCUAAACCAUUCAGUCUGCCUUUUGGGAAUAUAUAACAGCCCAGACGUUUUUCCCUAGAAGACCAGUAGAAUGCAUUGUGCAGUGACUUGUCCGUGAAGUGAUGAAGUGGCUUUGGAAAGGAGCAUGUAGAUACACCUGUUAGUCAACACAAACUGUUUUUUUCCCUUUGUUUACGCUGCUGGUGCUUAUCAGUGAAAUGACACUAAGACUUCAAGGUCUUCAAGGGCAGUAGCAGUAGACAAAGAUAUGAACUGAGGUUUAGAACCUACACUUCCGACUUCUGUUCACUGAGCAAGCGUUUUAAUUCCUGAUUAUGAACUAAUUGUUUGAAAUUUGUGGUUUAUGUAAGUUAUGUAAUGUUAUCAUUUUGAACAUCUUAAUGUUUAAUUACCAUAUUCAUGUUUAACAUUGUGAUAAAACCUGUAGAUUAUUGUGGUGGAAGAGGCAUUUUCAUCUCAUAGGUUUUGCGCAGGUUAUUUAUUUGAUGAGAUGGAAAUGUGAACUUUAGUGACCUGAGCUACUGAACUGAUUGUUGUGUAGAGGAUGAAAUAUAUAUUUUUUAAAUUUAUGAGCUUUUAAGUUAAUGUUCUGUAAAUAAUGUUUUUUUGUGUGAGGUGUAUUUCUGUAAUUCCCACUGAAAUGCUUUGUUAAAUAUCAAUUAAUUUUGUGCAAGCUUCUGUACCAUAUCAGACCAUAGAGGUAUGGGAGUUUGGAUGUGUUUAACGCUAAAGUAUUUACAGCCUCUAAGUAUAGGCAGUUGUGAGUUAUCACAGAUCAUAAAUAAAUGCAUUUGGUUAUUUGUAGUUCUAAUCCCCUUCUUUAUUCCAAAAUAUGUAUUCUGUGUUUAUGCAUUUAUACACAUUUGCCUGCUUCUAUAAAUAAAAUAUCACAUGCUGAAAUAA